CUACACAUAAUUGAAGUUGGUCAGCCAGCUACAGGGAAUCAGCCGUUUGUUAAGAAAGCUGUUGAUGUGUUUUUUCCACCUGAGGCACAGACAGAUUUUCCUGUGGCAAUGCAGAUUGGAAUUAAGCAUGGUGUAAUCUACCUGAUCACAAAGUAUGGAUAUAUUCAUAUGUAUGACUUGGAGUCUGGAGUGUGCAUCUACAUGAACCGUAUUAGUGCUGAUACUAUCUUUGUCACAGCUCCUCAUGAACCUACCUCAGGCAUUAUUGGUGUGAACAAAAAAGGACAGGUGCUUUCUGUAUGCGUUGAGGAAGACAACAUUGUGAACUAUGCUACUAACGUUCUCCAGAAUCCUGACCUGGGUCUGCGUAUGGCUAUCCGUAGUAAUCUGGCUGGGGCAGAGGAAUUAUUUGCCAGGAAGUUCAACACGCUUUUUGCUCAAGGAAACUAUGCAGAAGCUGCUAAAGUAGCAGCAUCUGCACCAAAGGGAAUUUUGCGUACUGGUGAUACAAUUAGGAAGUUUCAGAGUGUGCCAGCUCAGCCUGGGCAGGCAUCUCCCCUGCUCCAGUACUUUGGAAUAUUGCUUGACCAGGGACAGCUGAACAAGUUUGAGUCUCUGGAACUCUGUCGCCCUGUGCUACAGCAGGGUCGCAAGCAGCUUCUGGAGAAGUGGCUGAAGGAAGACAAGCUGGAGUGCUCAGAGGAGCUGGGAGACUUGGUGAAGACAGCUGACCCAACCCUUGCCCUCAGUGUCUAUCUUCGUGCUAAUGUUCCAAACAAAGUCAUCCAGUGCUUUGCUGAAACUGGUCAAUUCCAGAAAAUAGUGCUGUAUGCUAAAAAGGUUGGCUAUACUCCAGACUGGAUCUUCUUGCUGAGAAGCGUGAUGAGAGUCAGUCCAGAUCAAGGCCUGCAGUUCUCUCAGAUGCUGGUACAGGACGAGGAGCCACUGGCGAACAUUAACCAG